UCAACCCAUUAAAACAACAUGAACCCAUUGUCUGCAGUUAUAUUUUUCGUAGCUGUUGCUACCGCCAGCGCUAGUGGUAUCUAUGGAGCUGGCCUUGUUGCCAGCAAAGGAGCUAUCGAAGGCGCACUAGGAGGUCAAUGGAUUCCUGAUGUACCUGUAAGCGGACAUGGUGGUGCUCCUCUUGUUGCCGCCGCUGGAGUAAGUGCUAGAGGUGCUCUUGAAGGUGCUCUUGGAGGCCAAUGGAUCCCUGAUGUACCCGUUGCUCACGCUGCACCUGCUGCUCUCGCUGCUCCAUGGGGAGGUGCUGGUGUCGCUCCAUGGGGAGUUGCUGGUGUCGCUCCAUUAGGAGUUGCUGGUCCUUUAGGUCUCGGUUUGGGUACUCCAUUGGGAUAUGCAGCACAUGGAGCUUCCAGAGGAGCUUUGGAAGGUGCUUUGGGAGGCCAAUGGAUUCCAGACACCAUUGAACAUUAAUUAUGUUCAGCAUAUGACUUCUGUAAAUUAUAUAAAUUCAUUGAAUAAAACUCAGUUAUUUGCCUA